AUGGCUCUUCGAUUAUUGUCUAAGAAUGCUGCAGUGGCUGCUGCUUCUCGCCCUGCUUUGAUGAACACUUCUCGUAAAACUGCUGGUGUUGCUUUCACUCGCGCCUACUCUUCCACUGCCGAAACUAAGGUUGAAGAAAAGAAGGCCAGUGUUCUCGAUAGUCUUCCUGGAAACUCUGUUGCUGCCAAGGCUGCUUAUCUUACUACUGGUGCUGGUUUGGCCACCUUUUUGAUCUCCAAGGAAAUUUACAUUUUAAAUGAAGAAACUUUGGUAUUGGUUGGUUCUGUUGGUCUUUUGGGUGUUUUGCUCAAAUAUCUUCGUGAACCUUUCACUGCUAUGAGCAACGAACAUAUUAAUCGUAUCAAAACUGUGUUGAAUCAAGCUCGUGAUGAUCAUCAAUCUGCUGUUCAAGAACGUAUUGAUCAAGUUGGUCAAAUGAAGGAUCUCGUCGAUGUCACCAAGACUCUUUUCGAACUUUCUCGUGAAACUGCUCGAUUGGAAGCUGAAGCUUUUACUCUUAAACAACAAGUCGCUGUUGCCCAAGAAGUGAAGAGUACUCUUGAUUCCUGGGUUCGUCAUGAAACUAGUGUCCGUGAACGUGAACAAAAGCAAUUGGCUGCUUACUUGAUCGAAAAGAUUCAAAAGGAUUUGCAAGACCCUACUAUUCAACAACAAAUCUUGGAUCAAGCUGUUUUGGAUGUUCAAAGUAAGUGCAUAUGA